AUGGAAGGAUUUUAUGUGCAUAGAUAACAAGAACUACGAGGGAUGAGCAAACCAAGCAGAGUGAAUCAAACCACUGUUUCAGACUUCUUCCUUCUAGGACUCUCUGAGAGGCCAGAAGAACAGUCUGUCAUAUUUGGCAUCUUCCUGGGCAUGUGCCUGGUCACCAUGGUGGGGAACUUGCUCAUCUUUCUAGCCAUCAGCUCUGACCCACACCUCCAUACUCCCAUGUACUUCUUUCUGGCUAAUCUAUCAUUAACUGAUGCCUGUUUUAUUUCAGCCUCAAUCCCCAAAAUGCUGGCCAACGUUCAUAUCCAGAGUCAGACCAUCUCCUAUUCUGGGUGCCUUGCACAGCUGUAUUUCCUCCUUUUGUUUGGUGGCCUUGACAACUGUCUACUGGUUGUGAUGGCAUAUGACCGCCAUGUGGCCAUCUGCCAGCCACUCCAUUACAGCACAGCUAUGCGUCCCCAACUCUGUGUACUAAUGUUGGGUAUGUGCUGGAUGCUAACCAACUGUCCUGCCCUUAUGCACACACUGUUGCUUACCCGUGUGACUUUUUGUGCCCAGAAGGCCGUUCCCCACUUCUACUGUGAUCCUAGUGUUCUUUUGAAGCUUGCCUGGUCAGAUACCCACAUAAACAAGCUGAUGAUCAUCACCAUGGGCUUGAUAUUCCUCACUGUUUCUCUCAUGCUGAUCAUCUUCUCCUAUGUCCGCAUUUCCUGGGUUGUGUUUGGCAUCUCAUCUCCAGGAGGGCGAUGGAAAACCUUCUCUACCUGUAGUUCUCAUCUCACGGUGGUUCUGCUCUUCUAUGGGUCUCUUAUGGGUGUGUAUUUACUUCCUCCAUCAGCUUACUCUACAGAGAGAGAAAGUAGGGCAUCCAUUUUCUAUAUGGUGAUUAUUCCCAUGUUAAAUCCGUUCAUCUAUAGCUUGAGGAACAGAGACAUGAAGGAGACUUUGGGUAAACUUUUUGGCAGUGGGAAAACAUUCUUCUUACCAUGA